GCCCCGGUCCUGUCCCGGGCCCCGCCCUGCCCCAGGCGGGAACAUCGUGCUCAGCACACCGAGCCGGGCUCCAGCCGUCUGUUUCUGCUCGGUCGCCGCCGCUCCCGCGUUGUUGGUGUGCGGGAAGGGCCGGGGCUGUAGGCGGGCGGCGCUGCCCGGGGCUGGGCUGCAGCUCCACACCGACGCGUCGCGCUGCGCUCGGCUGGGCUCCCAGCGCCGCUGCGCAGCCUCCGCGGCGGGCCGGUCUCCCCUCAGGGCGCGGCGCACGCGUCCUCCUCGGCCAUUGGUGCGCGGGGCGGAAGGGGCGGGGCGGCGGUUGCCAUGGCGCGGCGGCCGGAGCCGGGGCGGCUGGCGCAGGAGGCGGCGGCGCUGGCGGGCGCGGUGCGCGGCGCGCUGGGGCCGCGGGGCGGGCGGGCGCUGCUGGUGCGCCCCACCGGGCAGGCGCUGCUGACGCGGGACGGGCGGCGCCUGCUGGAGGCGCUCAGCCUGGAGCCGCCGACGGCCAGGGUGAUGGCGGCCUGCGCCUGCAGCCACCGCGCCGCGACGGGGGACGGCGCCAAGACGUUCGUGGUGCUGCUGGCCGGCGUGCUGGGCGGCCUGCGGGCGGCGGGCGCUGGGCUGCGGCGGGCGCUGCGGGCCUUCGAGGCGCAGGUGCUGGAGCGGGCCGUGGCGCGGGGGCUGCGGCGGCACCUCCGCUCGGCUCUCUCCGGGCGGCAGGCGGGGGCGGGCGCCCUGGAGCCGCUGCUGGACGCCUACCUGUGCGGCCGGCUGGGGCCCGGCGAGCGGCGGCUCCUGGCGCGGCUGUGCUGCGAGUUCUGCCGGCUCUGCGCCCCCGCCGCCCCGCUCUGCCCGCAGGUGCUGCGCCUCCUCGGCCGCCGGUUCGCGGAGCUGCACGCCGCCGUGGCCGGGCUCCCCGUGGGCAGCUCCAGGGUCCUGCCCGGGCUGCUCCUCCGCAGGGACUUCGCGGCAUACUGCCCAGCAGAAGGGGAGCUGCGGGCCCUGCUCGUCACCGAGCCCCUCCGGCCCGCCCUGGCGGCCCCCGGCGUCGAGUUUGUUGUCGACUCUGAGGGUCAGUAUCUGGCCUCGCAGUGCUGGAUCUCAAGGAGGACAGAAGCCUUCAUGAGCUACUUGCAGAGCAACAACAUUAAGCUGUUGCUGUCAAGCGUGAAGCAAGACGAAGUAGUCAUACACUAUGCAAAAUUAUACGGUGUAUCUGUGGUAGAGUGCUUAUCAUCAGAAGAAAUGGCCCUUAUCAGUGAAAUCACCGGAGUCUCGCCUUGUGAGCCCCUUGGUGACAACAUACACAGAGAAAUCACCGAAGCUGCGGUGGCAACGUUUUGCCAGCCCUUGUUGCUGGGCUCGCAGAGAUGCGUUCACAUUGGCUUCACCAGCGUGUCUGCCUUUCAGCCUCAUUGCCUUAUUCUGUGUGGGCCGGUCGCUGGUGUUAAUGAGGAACACGCUGCUGCUUUACAAGGGGCAUUUACAAUGCUGCAGCAGCUCUUUAAAACAGUUGAUCAGAGGGAGGAAUGCACAGCAGAAGGUGAAAGCCAGAAUGAAGCCACAGAGGUUUGCAGCUGGCGUUCCUCAGCUACUCAGAAACAAGGCAUAAUAGAAAAUAUUUCUUGUAACAGUAAUCAGGUUUCUGAAAGACAAGUGAAAACACAAACGGAUGAAGCAGAGACAGGAAUUACAGGCCCUGCUUUGCAGGGAAGCGAAAAUCAAGCGUUUGUGCAAACAGACUUGCAUAUACCCUCAAAUCCUGUCUCACACAUUAAAGAAUUUAACGUUGCUACGGAAGGAGUUGGAUCUUCAAGAGACGGACAGAAACCACAUAUAAAAUGUGAGCAUCCAGGUGACAUGCUCGACAACUAUAAAAGUGACUCACUUGUGGACAAUCAAAAGAAUUACAGCGCUGCCCUACCAGCAGCAGCUAGUGCUAAUGAUACAGUCACUGCAUGUGAACGCCCAGGUGUUGGCAAAGACCCAGAUGAAACAAGUUGCAAUAUAGUUCCAUUUAAACAUGAAAACAGUUGUGCAAGUCUUGCACAGAAUUAUUCCAACUCCCUCAUAGAAGCAGGAUCAGUUUUGCCAGUAGGAGGUUACUUUGAAAUCCUGUUACAUUAUUAUAUUCAGUACUAUGCAAAACAGUUUCAGCCAUCAGAGGUAACUGUUGUAGCCAAUGUAGUUGCUGAUGCUUUGCUGAGUAUUCCCAAAUCCUUGUACGGGACGACAGAACGAAACAGCUUUACCAAAUUUUAUCUUGAAGUCAUAAAUGCACUCAGAAAAAAUCAGCCACUGCCUGUGAAUGAGAAAGGCUUAGAAUUGGUGUAUUGCAAAUACCAGUUAGUCACUUCAGUUCUUCAUUGUGUUACAGAGCUCUUUUCCAUAGAUUUAAUCAUUGGUGUUAGGCGGCCAGUGCCGAAAAUUGAGGAUAAUGACUCAGAAGAUGAUUUCUGAAAUAAUUAAUAAAGAAUGGUUUUUAUUA